UUUUGAGCACAGACGAAGACUGUGGAUACAGUAUGGCUCCAAAAAAACAGGUUGGAGUGGAAACUCCUGAUCGGGGACAUGGAGUUGACUCCAGUACAGCUCAGGCUACAGAGGAUACCACCAGCACCGGUGACAUCAGAGUUGUGGAAACACUCUUGCGUCAGUUCAUAGCUGUCCAGGAGGACAAGGAUCGGCGGUUGGAACAUCGUUUCAAGAGCCUCCAACACCAAUUCACCCAGCUCCAGGGACAAGUGGAUCUAGUACAGCAGUCACGGUCGCAAGUCUCAGAAGAACCUGCAGAGAGGAGCAGAGGUUCACCAGUGAGAAUCAUGGAUUAUCCUCGCCUGAUGCCGUUUGCCGAGCCUGAGGACAUUGAGCACUAUUUAACAACCUUUGAAAGGAUGGCGACAGUAUGUGGCUGGCCAAAGUCGGAAUGGGCAGUCCGUUUGGUACCCUUGCUGACAGGGAGAGCCAGAGCAGCAUUUUUGGCCAUGCCAGCGGAGGAGUCUUUGAGGUACGACAGCCUUAAAGGGGCCAUCCUAGAAAAAUUUGAAAUUAGCACAGAAACUUAUAGAAUUAGAUUUCGCUCUGUAGAGUGGGAACAUGGACAGUCUCCGAAGGAGCUGCUGGCACUCCUAAAAGAACUUUGUACAAAAUGGUUACAACCUGAUAAACACACUGUGGAUCAAAUAAUUGACUUUGUUUUAUUAGAACAACUUUUACAGGUGUUCGAUGGCAGACUGCGGACCUGGGUGGAGGAACAUCGACCUAAAACCUCCAAGGAAGCUGCAGACCUUGCAGAGGUGUUUUUGGCCGCUCAUCGUCCGAGGAAUCUGCGAAGAGAAGACAAAGUCAGCAUGAAACCUAGACCGAUGGAACAGCCCAAAGGUAUGUCUCGGGUUGAUACGGGUCGUGGUCCAGUUAGUGCAGUCCACCUACCUGAGAGAAGAGUUUAUAGGGAAGAAGUGAUUUGCUACGGUUGUAACCAGAAAGGCCACAUUCAUAGGAAUUGCCCCAAGAAGAGAGAGACAAAGCUUUGUUUUGAACCCUGUCCCCUGCCCACAAAGAUGACUCCUUUAGUAAACCGGGAGAAGAUGGUGAGGGUUGCUAUAGCUGGACGGCAGUACAAAGCACUGAUAGAUACGGGAAGCACCCAGUCUUUGGUGAGACGAGAGUGUCUGGAGGGCCAAGUGGUUGAGUCGGGCAGAGCGUAG